AUGUCUUUUUCUCUCUUUCUAUGUCUCUCUCUGUCUCUCUUUUCAUGUCUUUCUCUCUCUUUGCAUUCUCUAUCUGUCUCUUUAUUUGUCUUUUCUCUCUCUUUGCAUGUCUCUUCUGUCUCUCUUUUCUUUUGUUUUUCUUUUCUCUCUCUUUUGCAUGUCUCUCUUCUGUCUCUCUUUUCCAUGUCUUUUUCUCUCUCUUUUGCAUGUCUCUAUCUCUCUCUCUCUUUUGCAUGUCUUUUCUCUCUUUGCAUGUCUCUAUCUGUCUCUCUGUUUGUCUUUCUCUCUCUUUGUGUCUCUAUCUGUCUCUCUAGCCAUGUCUUUUCUCUCCGUUGCAUGUCUCUAUCUUUCUCUCUAGCUUUUUCAUGUCUUUUCUCUCUCUUUUGCUGUCUCUCUCUGUCUCUCUCUUUGUCUUUCUCUCUUUUGCAUGUCUCUAUCUGUCUCUCUUGCAUGUCUUUUCUCUCUCUCUCUUUCUCUUGCAUCUCUCUCUUUCUCUCUUUUGCAUGUCAUGUCUUUUUCUUUCUCUUUGCAUGUCUCUAUCUGUCUCUCUUGCCAUGUCUUUUCUCUUCUCUCUUUGCAUGUCUCUAUCUGUCUCUUGUGUCUUUUCUCUCUCUUUGCAUGUCUCUAUCUGUCUCUCUAGCCAUGUCUUUUCUCUCUUUGCAUGUCUCUAUCUGUCUCUCUAACCAUGUCUUUUCUCUCUCUUUGCAUGUCUCUAUCUGUCUCUCUUUGGUCUUUUCUCUCUUUUGCAUGUCUCUAUCUUUCUCUCUCUAUAUCUUUUCUCUCUUUUUGCAUGUCUCUCUAUCUGUCUCUCUUGCCAUGUCUUUUUCUCUCUUUUGCAUGUCUCUAUCUGUCUCUCUCUUUGUAUGUCUCUUUUCUCUCUUUGCAUGUCUCUAUCUGUCUCUUUUUUUGCCAUUUCUUUUCUCUCUUUGCAUGUCUCUCUCUGUCUCUUUGUUUUUGUUUGUCUUUUCUCUCUUUUCUUGCAUGUCUCUAUCUGUCUCUCUUCUUGUCUCUUUCUCUCCUUUGCAUGUCUCUAUCUGUCUCUCUUUGUUUGUCUUUUUUUCUCUUUGCAUGUCUCUAUCUGUCUCUUUUGCCAUGUCUUUUUCUCUUUUUCUCUCUCUCUCUUUGUCUCUUUCUGUCUCUUUCUGUUUUUCUCUCUUUGCAUGUCUCUUUCUUUCUCUCUCUUCUGUCUUUUCCCUCUUUCUCUCUCUCUUCUGCAUGUCUCUAUCUGUCUCUCUUUGCCAUGUCUUUUCUCUCUUUUGCAUGUCUCUAUCUUUCUCUCUCCCAUUUCUUUUCUCUCUUUUGCAUGUCUCUAUCUGUCUCUCUUGCAUCCAUGUCUUUUCUCUCCUUUGCAUGUCUCUCUCUCUCUUUUCCAUGUCUUUUUUCUCUCUUUGCAUGUCUCUAUCUGUCUCUCUAGCCAUGUCUUUUCUCUCUUUCUUUGCAUGUCUCUAUCUUUCUCUCUUUGUCUUUUCUCUCUCUUUUCUGUCUUUCUGUCUCUCUAAUCCUUUUCUUUUCUCUCUCUUUGCAUGUCUUUCUCUCUCAUGUCUCUCUUUUCUUUGUCUUUUCUCUCUCUUUACAUCUCUCUCUCUUUGCUUUUCUUUUCUCUCUCUCUCUCUCUCUAUUUUUUUCUUUUUGUCUUCAUCUUUUCUUUCUCUUUUGCAUGUCUCUAUCUGUCUUUUCUCUACCAUGUCUUUUCUCUCUUUUUUUUUCUCUAUCUGUCUCUCUUUGCCAUGUCUUUUCUCUCUUUUGCAUGUCUCUAUCUGUCUCUCUUUUGUCUUGUCUUUUCUCUCUUUUCUUUUGUCUCUAUCUGUCUCUCUAGCCAUGUCUUUUCUCUCUUUGCUUUUGUCUCUCUCUUUCUCUCUUUUGACCUUGUCUUUUCUUUCUUUUUUGCAUUUCUCUAUCUGUCUCUCUAGCCAUCUUUCUCUCUUUCUCUCUCUCUCUCUCUUUUCUUUUCUCUUUCUCUUUAUCCAUUCUUGUCUUUUUCUCUCUUUGCAUGUCUCUAUCUGUCUCUCUAGCCAUGUCUUUUCUCUUUUCUCUCUCUCUCUCUUUUCCCAUCCAUGUCUUUUCUCUCUUUGCAUGUCUCUAUCUGUCUCUCUUUGCAUGUCUUUUCUCUCUUUUACUUGUCUCUAUCUGUCUCUCUCUUUUGUCUUUUCUCUCUUUUUUCUCUCUAUCUCUAUCUCUCUUGCCAUCUCUUUCUCUCUCUUUUGCAUGUCUCUAUCUGUCUCUCUGAUUGUCUUUUCUCUCUUUUGCUUGUCUCUAUCUGUCUCUUUUGCCAUCUUUUCUCUCUCUUUGCAUGUCUCUCCUAUCUGUCUCUCUCUUUGCAUGUCUUUUCUCUCUUUUGCAUGUCUCUAUCUCUCUCUUUUGUCUUUUCUCUCUCUUUUCUCUCUCUCUUUCUCUCUCUCUUUUGUCAUUCUUUUCUCUCUUUUGCAUGUCUCUUUCUUCUCUUUUGCUUUUGUUGUCUCUCUCUCUCUCUCUCUCUUCCUCUCUUUCUCUCUUUUUGUUUGUCUUUUUCUCUCUUUGCAUGUCUCUUUCUGUCUCUCCCUAGCUUUUCUUUUUCUCUCUUUUGCAUGUCUCUAUCUGUCUCUUUUGUCUUUUCUCUCUCUUUGCAUUCUCUCUGUCUCUCUUUGUCUUUUCUCUCUUUUCUCAUGUCUCUUUAUCUGUCUCUCUUUUCUCUCUCUUUUGUCUCUCUCUUUGCAUGUCUCUCUCUUUGUCUCUCUUGCCAUGUCUUUUCUCUCUCUUUGCAUGUCUCUAUCUCUCUCUAACCAUGUCUUUUCUCUCUCUUUCUGUCUUUUCUGUCUCUCUUGCUUGUCUUUUCUCUCUCUUUGCAUGUCUCUAUCUCUGUCUUUUCUCUCUCUUUUUCUUCUCUCUUUGCUUCUCUCUUUCUCUCUCUGUCUUUUCUUUUCUCUCUCUUUGCAUGUCUCUUUCUGUCUCUCUUACCAUGUCUUUUCUCUCUCUUUGCAUGUCUCUCUCUCUCUCUCUCUUUUUGUCUUUUCUCUCUCUCUUUUUCUCUUUCUCUCUCUUCUCUCCAUGUCUUUUCUCUCUCUUUGCAUUUCUCUAUCUGUCUCUCUUUUCCUUUUCUUUUCUCUCUUUUUGCAUGUCUCUAUCUGUCUCUUUCUAGCCUCUCUUUCUCUCUCUUUGCAUGUCUCUAUCUGUCUCUCUAGCCAUGUCUUUUCUCUCUUUCAUGUCUCUAUCUGUCUCUCUCUCCUUGUCUUUUUCUCUCUUUUUGCAUGUCUCUAUCUGUCUCUCUUUUGUUGUCUUUUCUCUCUUUGCAUGUCUCUAUCUCUCUCUCUUUGCAUGUCUUUUUCUCUCUUUGCAUCCAUGUCUUUUCUCUCUCUUUGCAUGUCUCUAUCUCUCUCUCCUAGCCAUGUCUUUCUCUCUUUUGCAUCUCUCUAUCUGUCUCUCUCUCUUUUCUCUCUCUUUGCAUGUCUCUUUCUCUUUCUCUCUUUAGCCAUGUCUUUUCUCUCUCUUUGCAUGUCUCUAUCUCUCUCUCUGCAUGUCUUUUCUCUCUCUUUGCAUGUCUCUAUCUGUCUCUCUAGCCUUUUCUUUCUCUCUCUUUGCAUGUCUCUAUCUGUCUCUCUAGCCAUGUCUUUUCUCUCUCUUUGCAUGUCUCUAUCUGUCUCUCUACUUGUCUUUUCUCUCUCUUUUACAUCCAUGUCUUUUCUCUCUCUUUGCUCUCUAUCUGUCUCUCUAGCCAUGUCUUUUUUCUCUCUUUGCAUGUCUCUAUCUCUCUCUCUACUUUGUCUUUUCUCUCCAUGUCUUUUCUCUCUCUCUAUCUCUCUCUCUUUGCAUCUCUCUAUCUCUCUCUCUAGCCAUGUCUUUUCUCUCUCUUUGCAUGUCUCUAUCUCUUACCCUCUUUUCUCUCUCUCUCUCUCUACAUGUCUCUUCUCUCUCUCUCUCUCCAUGUCUUUUCUCUCUCUUUCUCUUUGCAUGUCUCUAUCUGUCUCUCUAGCCAUGUCUUUUCUCUCUCUUUGCAUGUCUCUAUCUCCAUGUCUUUUCUCUCUUUCUCUCUCUAUCUCUAUCUGUCUCUCUAGCCAUGUCUUUUCUCUCUCUUUGCAUGUCUCUAUCUGUCUCUCUAGCCAUGUCUUUUUCUCUCUUUGCAUGUCUCUAUCUGUCUCUCUAGCCAUGUCUUUUCUCUCUCUUUGCAUGUCUCUAUCUCUCUCUCUCUCCAUGUCUUUUCUCUCUCUUUGCAUGUCUAUCUGUCUCUCUAUCUCUCUCUUUUCUUUUUUCUCUCUUUACAUGUCUCUAUCUCUCUCUCUCUAG